AUGCACACAAGUCGGGCUCCGGCCAUCAGCGUCAGCGCAGAGACCAGCAUCCCAGCCAGCCUGCGCCUGGGUCCCAUUCUGGGAAUCUUUAAACUGGGGAAGUACUUGUCAGACCGCAGGGAGCCUGGACCCAAGAAAAAGGUGCGGUUUUUGAGAGGUGAGCUGGUGGACGAAGCAGGCGGCCCUGUCACGGAGUGGAUAGGGUUAAUACGGGCGGCCAGAAAUAGCCAAGAACAGAAUUUGGAAGCAAUCUCAGAUUUACCCGGAGGACAGAUUUAUUACAGAACAAUGCGGGAGGUGCAGGCAGGAGAGGAGCUCUCAGCCUGGUACUCUAACUCCCUAGCUCAGUGCUUUGAGAUAUCCACUACGGCCACCCCAACACACGAUGAAAAAGGAGAAGAACGUUAUAUUUGCUGGUAUUGCUGGAGAACAUUUAAGUAUCCGAACACCUUAAAAGCUCACGUCCAUUUUCACUGUGCUCUAAAUAGCAGCAGGGGAUUCCUCACCAACGACCACCAUAGAGCCACUGAGAUCUUCCAUAUAUCUCCUAAAGUUGCUGAUGGGGGACCUAACUCUGCCCCUGCUCUGAGGGGGAACCACAUGCAAUCCAAUUGCGCAGCCAGAGACUCCAUUAAGAGGGAAUCGUCCUUAUCUCCGGCUUUGAACAAACUUGGGUUGAUGAAAAAGGCACUUGGGAAAGAUGAGCAGGACAGAGCACUGGACAUGAGCGUCAGCUCUGCGAGAAACCAUGGACAGCUCAUUGGCCUAGUGGGCAGCGCCUGUGGUGGCAAUGGGGUCACGUUUUAUCCAGGUUUAAGAUCUGCAUUCAAACCAGCUGGUCUCUCCAAGCUCUCUCUCCCUGAAGCUGCAAGGGAGGACUCAAAGCCCAACAGCAUUGGCUUCAGCAAACUCUUAGGAGGAAUGAAAGCAGGUCGCUCAGGGAAUGAAGCUUUGGUUAGCAGCCACCAUUCCAAGUGCUUGCACCCAAGUGACGGCUCAUCUGCUGUCCUGUCCUGCAGCACUGGCCUCAGGGGCUUCCCAAUCCUUUCUCACUUGGAGGAAACAUCAGCCUUCAAACAUGUGGAGAGGGGUGUCCAUGCCAGCUUGUCCCCGGGCAGCCGCUAUAGCCAGAUGCCACAGGCGGGGCUGCACUUUGCCGAGAGGUUCUCCAUCCCUCAGUUUGAAGGCAUUAAGUCAUACUCAGCGGAAUGUAAUAUCCCGGUUAUGCCUUUCACAGUGUACAAUGGGGAGCUCCUCUACAGCACUCCCUACUAUCCGUUCAAAUUCCACUUUAGUAACCUACUGAAAUACCCGGAGUCUAUGUCCUACUUCAAUGCUGGAGGAGCAAUGGCCCCAGAGUUGGGCUCCAUCACCACCAGCAUAGACCGGGAGAUCGCCAUGCACAACCAUCAGCUCUCUGAGAUAGCAGCAGAGAAGAGCAGGACUGGUAGGCUGGAGAGCUUGUCAGGGGCCACAACAGCAGGCUCUGGUAAGCCCAAAAAGGGUCACUUGUGUCUCUACUGUGGCAAACUCUACUCUCGCAAGUACGGCCUGAAAAUCCACAUGAGGACUCACACGGGGUACAAGCCGCUAAAGUGCAAGGUGUGCCUGAGGCCUUUCGGGGACCCCAGCAACCUGAACAAGCACAUCCGCUUGCACGCAGAGGGAAACACCCCCUACCGGUGCGAACACUGCGGCAAGGUGCUGGUCAGGAGGAGGGAUCUGGAGAGACACGUCAAGUCGCGGCACCCGGGCCAGAGCCUCAGCAGCAAGGAGGAGGAGGAGGCACAUGGUGACCCUUCCUACUCCCAACCCGAGCCCAAGAGUGAGGACAAUGACAGUGAUGUAGACGUUUGUUUCACAGACGAGCAAAGUGACCAGGACAUAGGGGUGGACAAGGGACACUGAACCAGGAGGAAGAAACCUGUAGAACAUUAUAUAUCACGAAAUCUAAUUAUAUAUAAAUAUAUGGAAAUGUAUAAUACAUAAACAGGAUGUAAUAGGUUGUAUCUAUUUAUGUUGUUCUGAACAUAACAAAAUAUUCUGUUGGUCUUAAAAUAACAAAUAGAAAGAUUGGUUACAUUGAUUACCAAGCGGAAACACAAUACAUCCUAAAAUGUGUUUGAAUGCUAUUGAUAUGAUCAGCAUAAGUUUCUCAUGUAAUGACGAGGAAUACAAUCAUCAUCAUCAUCAUCAUCAUCAUCAUCAUCAUCAUCAUCAUCAUCAUCAUCAUCCCCGAUCACUUAUUUUACAGUCCUCUACUGGGACCCCCAAAUCAGGUUAUGACUGGCAAGCUUCGGAAGGAACCUAUCUGGUUCCUGGCUUCACUUUUCUGCUCACCUAGAAGCCAUUUAAUGUUACACUAAUAGUCACUUGAUAGGAUUUACCCUACAAAAGGCCAAUUCUAAUAUCCAUAGUAUUCUGUAUUCAGAAAAUAGCAAUUCUUCAUUCAAUAGAUCUUUGUGCCUUUGGUAUAUCUUUCCAAAUGAACAUAUCUGCCCAGUACACAAACAAAUAGUGCAGCAAUGCCCGAUCAGUUUAUAGCGCCCUUCCUUCUCACGAUAAAACAGAUUCAUUACUUGCUAUUCAUUCAAAAAAGAGAAAAUCAUUGAAUCUUCAAAAUAUCUUUUGCAUAUUUACUCAUUU